AUGAAUAAGUUCAUACCAAGAUAUGAGUUCCCCAACUACAACAUCCCCAAGACUGAUUUUAAGGGGCAUCAGUUGAAAGCUUUGAAGAAGUACAACUCACUAAGACCCCAGUUAAACCUUAUCCUAGAGCUGAGAGACAUCCGAGCGCCCUUAUCGACGCGUAAUGUCCUGAUAGACCAACUGAUCGACCCUCGAAUUCACCGCAGGCUAGUCAUUUACACCAAGAAAGAUUUAGUACAACACAACGAUGAUUACUUGGAAAGACUGACGAGAUGGCACCAAGAGAUCGACGAAGAUUUCAUCUUGAUCAACGGCAAACAACGUCAAACAGUAAAAAACGUCCUGAAAUGCAUCAAAUGGUACAAGAAACAGCUCGAAUCACGCAACAACGGCCUACCACUACCGACAGGUUACAAAGUACUAGUCACCGGGAUGCCGAACGUUGGUAAAUCAACGCUGAUCAACUCGCUAAAAGCAUCACGCAAGAAAGUCGCCCGAACGGGCGCAGAAGCUGGGAUCACCAGAAGCACUAGCGAAUGCAUCAGGAUCACCGACGAAGAUAACAUCUACCUUAUUGACACCCCGGGAAUCGGCCUACCGGGACGACUUCACGGCGCAACCCACCGUAUGCUGACUCUGUCACUAUGUGGAUGCGUCAAGAGUAACCUGAUCGACCCCGUGAUCCAAGCAGACUACCUUUUGUACCUCAUGAACCUGCAAGAAGGCCGCUUCUACCCGGGAGCUCCCACAAACGACAUUUACAAGCUGCUUAACCGCAUCCGCAUAAGCCCCACAGACAAGGAAACUUCUACCGCUGUGAAAUGGUUAGCUCAACAACGCUCCGGCCUGAUCUACGACCCUGAGAUGCUACUCGACAAUACCACUUUUUCCUUGCGAAACUACCUCGACAAGCAACGAGACCUUCUGGGCGAUUUCCAACCCGCCACGUCGCCAAGCUCUCCCUACGCCAAAAUGCUGCAAAACGUUAACCAACUCUUCCCGAAGCCCAACAACAGUUAA